CUUUGCAGCACGGAAGUUGUAUAACAUCACAGAGAAGUUACACACAUGAUGGUUUUAUAAUAUCAAACAGUGUCACCAGGACAAACUAACAACCGUAGGUUUAACUUGAACAGCGGGAGGAAACAUGGUGAAUAUCGGUGUGAGAAGAGUGGAGGACGCGCUGGUCGCUAAACAUCCGGGUUUAGAGGCUUAUGCUGCUUGUCAGUCUGGCGCCUUCAUGAAGGGAACUGGGACCUUUAUACUGGGUUCUGCUGGUUUAAUUGCCGUUCAAAAGGUUAUACAGAAGAAACUUCCUUAUCCUCUGCAGUGGAGCCUGCUCAUUUCAAUAGUGGCCUCCUCAGUCGGCAGUUAUGCUGUGACGCGCUGGGAAUCACAGAAAUGCUCAGAUCUCUGGCUGCUGCUGGAAACAGGAAAAAUCCCAGACAGAUCCCCACCACAGCUGCCUAAACCGGAAGAAUCGAAGGAACCCAGGAAGACAAAAUAUGGCGACGUAAUAGAUUGAAUGUGAUCAUAAAUAAACAUAUUUAUACUGUAUAUAACUGAUAAAUAAAUAUCUUGAGGCUCAUUUGUUCUUACUUGAAUAUAAGAAGAUACUUGGUUUAAUGUACAUGCUAACAGUCAAACCAAAAUGCUUGAAGUACAGUAAAGAAAUUAAUUAUUAUACUAUUCCGGACACAGAUGCUUCUUUUAAAUCCCAACACAGGCACAUGCUGGAGACUGGCACCAAACACCUAAUCUAUGGCAUAGAGGCCACUGUGCAAUUUAACCCAUUUGUGGGAUUUCCUCAAUAAACUCCAUGAAUGAAGUGUCAGUUUUGAAUUUAAUAACAACAUUAACAUGUUGAUGUGUUUCCUGAGUCAGAGGUGCAGAAUUAUUUGGCUUUUCUUUUAUGAGGAAUCAGAUGUAAAGCUUAUGAUCCGGUAUUAUUGUCAUUCGGACAUGUUUGUUUGACAUGCAACAGAAUUAAAGCGGUGCUGCCAAAACCAGA